GUGGAGGAUUAACUUAACUCCCGUGAGAUCCAGUAUGGCAUCCUUCCCAAAGUUAUACUUGACAUGGAAAAUCGGGAAAAGCCAUCCCGGACACGAUUCAGUCGGUUCGGGGCACUCAGCGCGCGAACUCCCUAACAUAUUCCCAGUUGGUUUACCACAAAGGGCUGAGUUUAGUGGAUGCGCCUUCAUAUUUUACUUCUACCUUUCUAUCUUUAAUAUAAAUUUAUCGUAAAAUUGUUCACUUUUAAAGUUAAUAAGACUUGUUUUCGCCGCGAAACAAACUUUUUAAAGUAUUUUUGAGAGAAGUGUGAUUUUACGAAGACUUUUCCGGAUAUAAUGAUCGGUGUUUGGCACAACCACGAGAAUACGGUGGCGUUGAGCGGGAGCGGCGCCGGGCGGGGACGAUAGUAUCAAGGAGCGCGGCCACGCCGGCCUCUCCCCCCGCACCACCGCCCCGCAGCAAUGGUGCGGGAUAAGAAACCACCAAACAAGACCGACUCGCAGAGGUCGAGUACCAACUUAGUGGGCAAGUUCACGCAGAGCGUACGCCGUAUCGUUCAAGAUGUCAAAGAUGAAGGAACAUCCAGUGGUCAGACGAAGGAAGAGGUGAUAGAAACAAAUGAGCGUCUCCGUGGAGUAAGGGUUAGGUUGGACGAGAACUAUGAUACGGCGAAGAAGGCGCUGGUGACGCUGAUGGCUCGCUACAGCGACUCCAAGUCCGAGAGGAACGUUUUCACCAGAUAUACUAUGCUGAAGGUGAUGAUAAAGGACGUGAUUCGACUUGAAACCCAGUAUUGGUCGUUGGUGGAGAUUCCUCGGCAGGAGAAAGCCGAGACGGUGCCGGCGUUUGUGUUGCGCGCUUGUGCUAUCAUGGAAAAGACCCAGAAAUCAGGAGAAGGCGUCAAGACUUCGUCGAAGUUAGCUGAAGAAGCUGCUGAUAAAAGGGAGCGGAUAGAAAGACUGAAUGAUAUGACAACCAGUCAGAUUGAAACAGAAAACACCCAGAUGACUAAUGAUUUGUAUCGUCUUCUAAAGAAAUAUACUGGUCUUCGGAAUCUUAUCAGAGAAUUGAAGACGGAGUAUAUGAGUACCAAGAUGUAUCCGAUAUUCCCUCGCUACACGAUGCUCAAAGACAUGAUUAAGGACAUCAUGCAUGAUCCUGAUUACAUGGAGGUCUGCCAUGAGGUGGAUCCAUAGCGCGGGGUGCGCAAAUAAAUGAGGAGCUCCUUCACCGACCGCCAGAGGUCGUUUCGUCGCUAAAUCCUUGGAAUGAAGAAGAAAUUUGAAGAAUGAUUCUAUUUCUACCACCUUAAAUUGCAUCCACACGUCUGCAAACCGAUUUUUAUAAAAAUUCACAUGAACAGAUUUGCAUUUUAAAUUUUGCAUUAGAGUAACUGGUGUUAUCAAUAUUUAAACUAGUGUUAAACUGAUUUAAAAGUUCUGAAGGUAGAGUUUGAAGAUGGUAGAUUUAGGAAAAGUGUUUUGUUGGUGGAAUUAGCGGCGAGUAAUGAGACGAGUACUCGUUUAUUUGUGCUACUUAAUUCAGUGGACAUUUAUUUAGUGUAAGUUUAGAAUUUAGUGUGUCUGUACUCGUCCUUGAGUUGUUGUGUACUCUAUAAUUUCCUACGGACUAUGAUUGUAACAGUUUUCAAUAGAAUUUGAUCUCAGUGUACCGUGUAUUCGAUUUGAGUUGCAUUUUCUGGCUAAUGUAGUUCAAAGCGGUUUACAAAAAUCUCAGUAUGUUUUGGCUAUUAUAAAUGAGGAGCUUUUGAAAACAUAAUCAUAUUUCUUAACUCUAUACAUAUCUUAAUCAUAUUAUUGUCCCAUGUAACCAAGCAUAUCGUAAUUUUGAAAUCACGAUUUUAAACUGUCAGGUGAUAUACCUAUCAUCCUAUUUUGUGAAGUCAUAAUAUCAACAUAUAAAUACAUAAGGACAUGUUUCAGAAAUCGUGAUAAAACCUACUUCAUUAGAUAUUAAUUAAUUAUACUGCGAUCUCAAUAUUUCAUGCUUCCUCUAUCAGUAUUAAUGUAGGUUAAACUCUAUUAUAAAGUAUAUGAAUGUAGGUACUAGUAAUGCCAUUGUAUGUGUUCAAAAUUGAAAUAAUGUUGGUAAGUUGUUUGGCGAUAAACAUUUCUAGUCAGUGACUGUAUACAUUUCUAAUGCUUAACAAAUAGGUAGAUAAAUAUAAAAUUUUACGACUUUUUACAGCCAUCCUGUGUAAAUCUAUACUAGUAGUAUGCGUUCUUGAAGCAGAUGUGUUUCAAAUAUAAAAGCAAGAGAACAAAAUAGUUUUCGCGUAGUUGCCUCUCGCUUCCAUGACGGCAGCUCUGCUUCAAAAGCAAGAGAGAGGCCCUAACUCUGUCUUUAUUCUAUGUUUUGUCAGUGUAGAGUUCCUUAGUUGCCUUUCUCUACUUUAUAUUCUUAAUUAAUCAUGCAGUAUGUAGAUGUCGUAGUGAAGAACUUACUUGUUAGAUAGAAACAUAAGAGAAACAUCAACUUUUGUUAUAUUUUGUACGCGUUUUAAGAUUUGAACAUUAGUUGAAUAAUUUCUGUGGUAUUUCUUGACUCUUGAAACUGAAUAAAAUAAGGACUUAAUAUUAAGGUACUCACGUUACUAUUAAUC